CCAGUAUUCAAUCGACCGCACCUCAUCACAACAUGAGGUAUCAGAUCCCUCUGGCGGCGUUUCCCCUCAUGGGGCUCACCGCGGCCACUGCGAUUUCCAGCACCAACUGCUCUGCAUCUGCAUUCCAGAAAAUCAUCGAUGCCAAUGGCACCGAAGCUCGCGUUCAAUGGGCCACCUACGUGCCAGAAGGUGGUUCUCUCAACCCUAUGAACUACACCUCCGCCUCCGAGUACCCGACUGGCCUGCCCGAGUCGUGUGCCGUGCAGGUCAACGUCGCAUCCGAGGGUAACUCCAGCUACUUGGUUGGCGUUAUCUUCCCAUACAAUUGGAACGGACGCAUGCUCUCCGCAGCAGCAGGAGGCGGCAUCAACUGGGUCGACAUGGGCACCGGCACGCACUACGGCUUCGCCGCCGUCUCCAGCAACCUGGGCCACGAAGGCAUCGACACAGCGGGCACCUGGGCACUCGGCCGCCCGCAAGCCGUAAUCGACUGGGGCUACCGCGCCUGGCACGGCGCCACCACACUUGCCAAGCUCCUCAUCUCCGGCCGCUACGGCAGCGGUCCCGCCUACAGCUACUUCUACGGCUGCUCCACGGGAGGCCGUCAAAGCAUGAAGAACAUGCAAGUGUACCCCGACGACUACGACGGAAUUAUCGCGGGUGCCCCGGCCUGGUGGACCACACACCAACAGCUCUACAACCUCAAGCAAACGACCUACCAAGCCCCGGCCAACAGCUCACACACCAUCCCCGAGGAAAUGUUCCCCGUCCUGGCCGCUGAAGUCCUCCGCCAGUGCGACCCGCAGGACGGCCUCGUUGACACCAUCAUCUCGAACCCCGAGGGCUGCGUCUUCAACCCAUCCACCCUCGCCUGCAACUCCACCAGCGCGCCCAACACCUGCCUUACCACAGAGCAACUCAACACCCUGUACAAGAUCUACAACGACUGGGUCGACACCAACCAGACCUUUGUCUACAGCCACCUCUUCUACGGAAGUGAAUCCUCCUGGCUAGACGGCAACAUCGGCCUUGGCGAGGAGUCUACCAUCUCCCAGCAGUACUGGUUCCUGCGUGAUCUCAUGGGCCUGGGCGAUUCCUUCGUCUGGCAGGAUCUGGAUUUCAGUACCGUCGAGCUAGCGGACCACUUGAACCCCGGUAACGCAACAGCUGGACAAUACGAUAUCAGCGAGUUCGAGAAACGCGGAGGCAAGUUCAUCCAUUACCAUGGUCUGUCGGAUAGUUAUGUCUCUCCCGGAGCGAGCACGUUCUACUACGAUCAGGCGAAGAGCGCCGUGCAGGCGAACGGCGUGGAUGAUGUGGAUGAUUUCUAUCGCCUGUUUUUGAUUCCGGGAAUGGAGCAUUGCUACAACACCCCCACCGACAUGAACGCCCCCUGGUACAUCGCAGGCGCGGACCAAGCAGCCUACAUCAAUACCUCGACGUGGAGUGUCCCCGGGUACCGGGAUGCGAAGCACGAUGUGGUUCUGGCCAUGAUGGCGUGGGUGGAGAAUGGCACGGCGCCGGAUAGUCUUGUUGCCACGGUGUGGAAGAAUAUUACCACUGCUGAUGAGGUGAUCAGACAGAGGCCUGUUUGUCAUUACCCGUACCAGGCCAAGUAUACUGGGAAGGGGGAUCCGGAUGAGCCGGAGAAUUGGGAGUGUAAGUUGUUGUAUUAG